GCCUUGCGGGAACAUCUUCACGCGUAGCAAACAUCGCGGACGCGUCGCUACACGUCAACAUGUCUACGAUGAUCACCUUUGCGGCGAAUAACGAGUUCUUCCGAAAGCGCAAGCGAGUCCAUCGCGCCUGUGAAUCCUGCAAGAAACGCAGAAAGAGAUGCAGCCACACGUUUGACGAGGAGGAGAACGGCGGCGAUUCCCAUGAAGGCGGAAACCCUACCCAAAGCGGUGACCGGGACGCAGGAAACUCAACCUCAGACCCUCAUGCCUAUGCUCAAGCUGGACAUCAUCACCCUCACGAUCCAAGGUUUCCACGUGGGGACGUCAGGAACCAUGCCAACGUUCAUCCCCACUCUAACAUGCCGCCGCCUCACAGUCCAGCUGAGAGCGCACGCUCACCACAAACCCCACCCAAUUUCUUGGGCUACUUGAAUCCAGAGGCUGUCUUAAGAGAACAAGUCCACUCGAAACGAGAUCCUGCGCAGUCACCGAGUAUAGCUACUAUUGGCCAAUGGGUAGAAGAGAGAGACCAGGGGCCAGCGACCAUUCAGCCAAGGUCCGCUUCAGUGCACAUCAAUGAAACAGGUCCGCCAAACACUUCAGAGGUGAAGAUUUCUAAAGCUCUCCAACAGUACUUAGAUGCAGUAGGCGUCGACAUUCUCCCGCCACGUAGGAGUCAAGAUGUCCUCCUCGACAUCUACUUCGCUUCUGUCCACCCACUCCUUCCACUUGUUGACAAGGAUCUCUUCUACGAGCAGUACUCGCGAGGGCAACAACCUCGUCUUCUGAUGCAAGCGAUCUGCAUCGUAGCGUCUAAGCACGCAAACGCUGCGAAAGUCCUACUCUUAGGCAACGGAACUCAGCCACUCAGUCCACGGGAGUUCUCCCAGAGGUUGUAUCAGGCCGUCAUUGUCGGCAUUGAAGCGAAACUUGAGAAGAACAGAGUUGUGCUUAUCCAAGUGCUAGCUCUAAUAUCGCUACACUGCGAAGGACCAGAUGGCGCUGAACAAGCAUCGAUGCACCUCGCUCAAGCCAUUCACCACGCUCAUACAUUUGGCUUGCAGUUUGGACACCAAUGGAGAAACCAAAGCUCAGAGUCGCAAGGUAACCUCGAAGACGUGUUCUGGUGCCUGUGGAGUCUUGAUAAAAUCAACGCUUGCAUGAACGGCAGACCCUUGUUAAUGCACGAUCGCGACAACAGUUUAAGGCAACUACCUACCGACCCAGAGAAGAGGUCAAGUCCAUUUGGUAUCUGGCUACAGAUCUCGGAGAUGCUCGACAAGGUCAUUGACUACUACAGACCAGGCAGUCGCUCUGCAGACGAGACGGGUUGGGAGGAUGACUUCCUCGGAUUCGAGGAGAUGGUCGGUGACGGCGAAGACAAGCUCGAUGGUCCAAUCAUGAGCCUUCUAUCCGUCUUCCAUCACACCAUGUGCAUGGCUUCGCACAAGUCCCUCUCCAUCAACGCGCCUGUCAAGUCAACCCCAUCCUACGUCCGCCAGAGUCUUUCAGCAACACGUGUCAUUCAUCUGCUCACUGCCGAAUCUCCCGAGCAGUUGCCACCACUUCCUCUCGUACCCUACGCGCUGUCUGUAGCGCUCAGUGUAGUCUACAGACACUUCCGCUCUCGACGUCUUAAGGUGCACAUCAAGCGUGCCUCGGAGGAGCUAAAGCAGUGCGUUCUUCUCCUCGAUCGACUGCGGAACGCAUGGUGGUCUGCAGGAACGAUGGCAGACAUCGGUCGCGCUGUCCUCAGCAACGCAGCAGGACAGAGAACAAACGCCGUCAACACACCCGCACCCACUGCGCCAGAACUGCGCCCAAAUGAGCCGAAGACGGAACCGCCAACGCCGCAACCUUCCCACAAUGGACCACACAUGCCGGUUUCGAACAUGCAAUGGCCGCUGCAGAAUACGGACAAUUCGAUAGAUCCAAGGUUACAGCAGCAACAGCCGUCGCCGAUGCCAAAUCUGCUCAACCCCAUGCCUGCACUCACACCGGGGCAGCAUCCCACGAGUAGUGAGCGUGCAGAUCGAGCACCAAUCCCUGCUGCAUUCGGUUUUGCCGAGCAGUCACCCGACUGGCUCAACUUCGACGCGGCGUUUGAGAACUUUGAAGGACUGUUGGGCAGCUCGGGUGCAGAUUUCAGUAAUGAGCUGUUCAGACCGCUCAAUUACGAGACACUGGAGGGCUUCUUGGAUCCUGCUGCACAAUGAAGCAGAUUCUUCCUGUGACGAUGAGUUACGAUUCUACUUUCUCGACGCCGCGAGACCAUUUCAAAUAGGAGGCAAUUUGUAGCAAUACAGUGUUAAACUCGCAUCGUUUCAACCACUGUUACAAGGCCGUCCUCCCGUACACACCAGAUCGGUGAAGUCUGGACACAGAAUAUGGAAGGGAACAGAUCCGAAAUCUGACCCGCGCUCCUACCUGGUCUUGGGCCUCGAUCGCGGGUGAGGUCGAACGGGGCAGGUCUUUAGGAAGCUGCGGAGAGGUGACGAUCAUUUGAUGUCGGAUCAGAGUCCACGACAAGUUUCAAAAUUGGUAUCGUAGUGCGUAGCUCGUUGGUGCGCAUAUGGCGGCAGGAGCUGUGAAAUCUUGUUGAAUAUAUUGGACUUGACGUAAAUGGCAACUGGUAUAGAGCCAUUAAGACAACAACACAUUCGCUAUUGACACCAUGCAACAGAUCCGUACCGUCCGAAC